AUGGCGGGCGGCGGAGCCGGGGACCCGGACCGGGGGGCAGCCGCCGCCGCGGCGCCGCCGGAGACCAGCGAGCACCUCUUCAAGGUGCUGGUGAUCGGCGAGCUCGGCGUGGGCAAGACCAGCAUCAUCAAGCGCUACGUCCACCAGCUCUUCUCCCAGCACUACCGGGCCACCAUCGGGGUGGACUUCGCCCUCAAGGUCCUCAACUGGGACAGCAGGACGCUGGUGCGCCUGCAGCUAUGGGACAUCGCGGGACAGGAGCGUUUUGGCAACAUGACCCGAGUAUAUUACAAAGAAGCUGUUGGUGCCUUCGUUGUCUUUGAUAUUUCGAGAGGUUCCACGUUUGAUGCUGUUUUAAAAUGGAAAAGUGAUCUGGAUAGUAAAGUACAUCUUCCAAACGGCAGCCCUAUUCCCGCUGUCCUUUUAGCUAACAAAUGUGACCAGAAAAAGGAGAGUGGCCAGACUCCUUCCCAGAUGGACCAGUUCUGCAAAGAACAUGGCUUCACAGGAUGGUUUGAAACCUCUGCGAAGGAUAAUGUCAACAUCGAUGAAGCAGCCCGGUUCCUGGUGGAGAACAUUCUUGCCAACCACCAAAGCUUCCCUAACGAAGAAAACGAUGGCAGAAUUAAACUGGACGAGGAGACUGUGAAAAAAGAGGGCAAGACCCAGUGUUGCUGACUUGGCGUCUGCUUCUCUCCUGCGGGUGCGGCCUGACUGACUGGAAGCAAAGUCCUGAAACUGGAUUGCAGAUGGUGGAUGCUCUGCUCUGUAAAUCUGCCCAGGGCUGUGCCUGAAAAUGAAUGACGCCACCCUGGGAGCCUGAGACUUUCUGAAAAGGACCCUGGCCGAGGAGUCCUGCCAAUGGCUCCUCCCCUUCACCCUGAACACUUAGGCAUCUGCUGUUGUUGCCAUCAUAUUCAGGAUGUUUACGUCCUUUUCAACAACUUUUAAAAUAACAGUUGCUCAGUAUUUGUUAAGACUUACAAGUUGUGACUUUCAGUGUGAAAGCUGGAUGGUAAUAAACUUUCCUGCAGCCUCACUGUAGUUUCAUGAGUCUAUAUUUUUGUCCCAUCCUCAUAUUUGAGAGAGGCUUUUGGACUCUUAGGGCUUCCCCUGGUGGCUCAGAUGGCAAAGAAUCUGCCUGUAAUGCAGGAGACCCGGGUUCAACCCCUGGGUCAGGAAGAUCCCUUGGAGAAAGGAAUGGUUACCCACUCCAGUAUUCUUGCCUGGAGAAUCCCAUGGACGAAGGAGCCUGGUGAGCUACAGUCCAUGGGGUUGCAAAGAGUCAGACACGACUGAGCAACUAUCACUUUCUAGACUCAGCCAUGGAAAGCUGGAAGUUUCUGUUUAGCAAUCUAUUUUUCUAGCCAGAACUUUGGUACUUCAUGUAAAAUUGUUAUUCUUAAAAUAUUAUAAUUUAACUAGCCCUGGCUAGUGUAAGCAUGUGAUUAUUCCCCUUAAAUACCUUAAAAUCCCCUCCUAAGGACUCAAGAAGCACUCCCACCACCCUGGCUUUCUGAUCUGGUUGCCACCAGUUGGAAACAAUAUAAAUGAACAUCCCUCCUCUCUCCUUUGUCAGUUCUCUCCUCUCUUCUUUCUGUGUGUUUGUUGAUAACUAAGAACUCGACUGACAUUACUAUUGUAGUUCUAACUAGUCCUUUCAAAUCUGUAAUAAUGCUUUAGGAGAGAAUUUAUUUCUAAGUGUGUACAAUUAAAUUAAGAUUUCUAUAGCAGGCAUUGUGAA